AUGCUUGGCACGAAGUUAAUUGGAACAAACUGGGAAAGAAACCUGUUGAAAACCUUGCAGGUCACGAAGUUAAUUUGUUGGAAUGACUGCAUUGCAAAUGCUUGGCGGGCUCUGCUUUGGUUACCAAGGAAAUUGCUAUACCUAAUUCCCCUUCUUAAUCAUAAUCAAGUAUGGAUUCCACAGUCAAUAUUACUGGUCAAGAUACAUGUUUUCCCCUUCCUCCUUCCCAUUUCGAAAAAUGUUGCGAAAACGGAACCAGACAAUAGUAAACUCCCACCAUCAUCCAUCAAGGCUGCUCUAAGGCCAAAAAGGAAAGUGGUUUGGGGGAAGGUUGUUUCUAUAGAGGGAGUCAUGAAUCGUCCUGAAAAGGUAAUUGACCUAUCCUUACAAAAGCGCAAAAGAACCACUCGUGGGAGCGAAUCAAAAUUAUGUGGGCGAUCUUCAUAUGGUGGUCAUGAUGGGAGCAUGGGAUAA